AUGGCCUCCUCUCCUUUCCUCUCCAAGUCCCCCAUUUCCUUCUCCUCUUCCGUCUCCACCUCCCUCCCAUGGCGCCCUUCUCUCUCCUCCUCCUCCUCCGCCGCAUUCCGCUCCAAGCCCCGCCGCAGGUCCCUCACCGUCCAAUCCAAGAUCAGGGAGAUCUUCAUGCCCGCCCUCAGCUCCACCAUGACCGAGGGCAAGAUCGUCUCCUGGAUCAAAUCCGAAGGCGACGUCCUCUCCAAGGGCGAGAGCGUCGUCGUCGUCGAGUCCGAUAAAGCCGACAUGGACGUCGAGACUUUCUACGACGGCAUCCUCGCCGCGAUUGUCGUCGGCGAGGGCGAGUCCGCCCCCGUCGGCGCCGCCAUCGGGAUUCUCGCCGAGACUGAAGCCGAGCUCGAAGAGGCCAAGGCCAAAGCCAAGACUGAUUCCGGCGCCGCGAAGCCCGAGGCCGCUGCCGUUACGCCCUCUACUCCUCCUGUUACUGCCAAUCCUGCUCCUGCUAUUGCGCAGCCUGCUCCUGCUGCCACGUCAGCUGCGCCGGCUGGGCCCAGGAAGACUGUGGCCACUCCCUUUGCGAAGAAGCUGGCUAAGCAGCACAAGGUGGACAUUGCCGCCGUGGUGGGGACCGGCCCGUUCGGGAGAAUUACUCCUGCUGACGUGGAGGCUGCCGCGGGAAUUCAGCCCAAGAAAUCCGUGGCUGUAGAGUCUGCUACGGCUGCGGCGGCUCCGUCCAAGCCUGCUGCCGCCCCGGCAUUGCCUCUACUUCCAGGCUCGACUGUCGUGCCUUUCACCACAAUGCAGGCUGCAGUUUCGAAGAAUAUGAUUGAGAGUCUCUCGGUGCCGACUUUCCGGGUGGGUUAUCCGGUGAACAGCGAUGCCAUCGAUGCGCUGUAUGCGAAGUUGAAAUCAAAGGGUGUGACCAUGACUGCCUUGCUUGCCAAGGCGGUUGCUCUGGCGCUCGCUCAGCACCCGGUUGUGAAUGCCAGCUGCAAAGACGGAAAGAGCUUUUACUACAACAGUAGCAUAAACAUCGCCGUUGCUGUGGCUAUUGACGGCGGGUUGAUAACCCCUGUUCUUCAGGAUGCAGAUAAGGUGGAUUUGUAUUUGUUAUCCCAGAAAUGGAAAGAGCUGGUGGGAAAGGCCCGCUCAAAGCAACUUCAGCCCCAUGAGUACAACUCAGGAACUUUCACUCUCUCCAAUUUGGGUAUGUUUGGAGUGGACAGGUUCGAUGCUAUUCUUCCUCCAGGCCAGGGUGCUAUCAUGGCUGUUGGAGCUUCAAAACCCACCGUUGUAGCUGAUGCAGACGGAUUCUUCAGUGUAAAAAGUAAAAUGCUGGUGAAUGUAACAGCAGAUCACCGAAUUGUUUAUGGAGCUGAUUUGGCUGCCUUCCUAAAGACAUUUGCAAAGAUUGUUGAGAACCCAGAAAGCCUGACAUUGUAGAUAAUGUUCAGGACUCCCAUGAUCAAAAGAUUUUACCCUCCGGCCUCUAUUUCUCAUUAGCAACAAAGGGAUGAUCAUCUUCCAAACGGGGUGCCCAACUAAGAACACACAUUUGCAGUCAUUUCUAGCAUUUUCUGCUCAUGUUGUACUUUAAUUUAUUUUUCGACUUUUACUGUUGAGAAAAUUUGGAAGAAACAGGAAAUAGCAACUUUGACAAUGUUUUGAUAAAUACUCUGCAAUAAUAUAUCACAAUGCUUUGGUAGUUAGUUCGAA